GGGGACGGACUGCGGGGAGGGAGAAAUGCCCUCGCAGCAUGUUUUAGAGCUGGGCUCUGGCUCGCUGGUUCUGUUGGGCUGAAUUCUCCUUCUUAUCGUGCUGGUACUUUACUGCAUUCUUCUCCGAUCUUGCUCCAGCUGGUCACAAGCUCAACCGUCUUCACGACAUCCAAACCACAUCCCAAGCCCUCAUACACAGACACAUUCUCACAUACUCAUUCCAGCCAUGGCGUUGCACAACAAGCUCAGCCACCCCAAGCGGUACAUCACCACCACCAACGAGGAAGGCCUUGCCAUCAUUGACAAGUCCCUACCCGAGGACGCACCCUUCUACGAGUUGCGCCCCGGCGAUGCCGCCUUCGCCCAGUGCUACGUCACGUCCGGCUUCCCUACCAAGCUGGCUGACAACGCGGACCUCAACGUCUACAGCGACUUUCUCAAGCAGCCCCCAGGACUUGUCGUCAACAACGGCACAGUGCUCAGAUACGUCGACAUACUGCCGGGACAGACUUCGCCGAUGCACAAGACGCUCAGUCUCGACUACGGCGUCGUUCUCGAGGGCAACGUCGAGCUCGUGCUCGACUCGGGUGAGACGCGGGUCCUGAAGCGUGGUGACAUCGCUGUCCAGCGGGCGACAAUGCACGCCUGGCGCAACCUGAGCGACACCGAGUGGGUGCGCAUGCUCUACGUUCUCCAGCCGGUACAGCCGUUUUCGGUCAAUGGCAAGAAGGUCAAGGAGGACCUGGGCGGCAUGCACGGUGUGGCGGACUCGACGUAAAUUGGGACUUUCAGGGGAAUGGAUUGGUUGGGCUAUGCUUGGCUAGCUUGUACAC